AUGGGAAUUUCCGGACUUCUUCCUGUCCUUAAACCCAUCCAAGAUAAGACUACAUUAGAACGUUAUAGAGGAAAGACUCUUGCUGUUGAUACGUAUGCGUGGCUUCAUAAGGCAGCCUUCUCGUGCUCUAUGCAAUUGGUACUGGAUCAGCCAACAUCAGCAUAUAUUGAUUACAUAAUACGGCGGUUGGCGAUGUUUCAGCACUUUGGGAUAACUGCUUAUAUGGUGCUUGAUGGAGAUUACUUGCCUUCAAAGGGAAAUACAGAAGCUGAUAGAUGUAAAAGACGGGAGGAAUAUAGACAGAAGGCAUUAAAUGCAUUAAAGGACCAUAAUAAACGACUGGCUAUGAACUACUGCCAAAAGGCAUGCGAUAUUACUCCCGAAAUGGCCAAAUCGUUGAUAGAAGAGCUGAAAAAAAGGCAGAUUCGAUAUGUGGUGGCUCCAUAUGAGGCUGAUUCGCAGUUGGUUUACUUGGAAAAUAAGGGCUUGGUCGACGGUAUUGUCAGUGAGGACUCUGACUUGCUUGUGUUCGGCUGUCAGACGCUUAUUACCAAACUUAAUGAUCGUGGUGAAUGUAUAGAGAUUCAAAGGUGCAAGUUCAAACUGUGUAGAGCCACUGCUUUGUCAUGCUUAUCGCAACCCGAGCUUCAAUUGAUGGCCAUAAUCAGUGGAUGUGACUAUACCCGGGGUAUUUCAGGGCUAGGAGUACAGAAAGCAGCAGCUUUAGUCAAGAGGUUCAAAACUCUUGACAGGAUUAUCAUGGCGCUCAAAUUUGAAGGUAAGAUCACCGUUCCAGAUGCGUUUUCUGGAGAGUACAAACGAGCAUCAAUUGCUUUUAAGCACCCGAUUGUGUUUGAUCCUGUUCAAAAGUUACCUGUUCAUCUCCAUCCGAUUCCGAAGGAUUCCGAAGAGGUUCGUGAAUAUGUUCUUUCAUGCACUGGGCAGGUUUUGGAUGCUGAAAUUCACUGUGGUGUAGCCAACGGCGACCUUAAUCCCUUUACCAAACUGCCAUUGGUAUCCAGAGAAGCGAAGUUUGGUUUUACCCGCACUGAUAAGAAGUCCAGAACGCUCAAGAAGUCAACUUCGCUUCCCAUUCCUUCCCUACGUCGAUCUUUUUCCCAGAGAAAUACCCUUGACAAGUACUCAGGCAAGAGUUUGGGUGGAUCUAAGGGGACUAUCGAUUCUAGUCCAUACAGAAGUCGUAAGCAUGCAAUAUUCACGAUAGAUCACUUUAUCAAGAGGCUGUCCGAUUCUACCAAGCGGGGAUGUGAAGAUGCAGCUGACAAUGAAUCGUCAUUGGUCAAACGUUCUAGGAUUCUUGAAGGAGGAAGCAGUCAGAACGAAGAGAGGCAACAAAGCAAGUUUUUCAAAUCAGACAGGGAGUCAAGGGUAGUUAUUGAUAGUGGUAAUGCCUACGGCAAUGCUGAUGGCCCCAGCGAUUUUGUAGACUUGAAUUCAAGUGAAUUUGUUGUAUCAGAUCCAGAAGAUGAAGGAAAACUUUUAACAGAGAAUGACAAAGAGAAUAUAUUGGGGAAACUGGCUGCGGAUUACGGUGAAGAUAAGCUAGAGAGUGUGCACUCCCCUAAGGUGAUCAAAAGAUUUGCAUUGAAGGACAUUACUAACGAGGUCCAGUCAAAGAGAUUGAAACGGGAACUCAUUGAAAAGUCCGGCAAGUCGACUUCGGAAGCAUUGAAACUUCGUGCGCAAUCGACGUCAGUUUUGACGUCAUUCGGAUUUCAUGGAAGGUCCACUCUUACACUCUAUUUGAACUGGGCGGAUGGGAUGGAUACUGAACAGAAACUUGAAGUGAUCUCUGAGAGAUUUCCGGAAGUAGAUAAAAGCGAACUACUCGAGAUUCUUGUCGCUUGUGAUGGAUCAAUAGAAAGGACAGAGGAGAUGCUCGAUGAGCAGUUUCCGCAUAAAGAGAAGAAGCCAAAGAGAAAAACGAGGGAACUACAGGAUGAUGAUGUGGAAAAAACAGAAACUGGUGGUUUGAUUUCUGAUAUGAAGUCGUUUAAAAGAAGAAAGGCUGGGACCAAAAUAGUGACAUUGUACACGAAGGAGGAAAUCGAGUCUCUUUUUGAUAAUCUGGUUUUUAUUCGGGACUUCCUUCCGGAACAACUUGCCGAAGAUAUGGCUACGCUUCUUAUGUCCAAGAGGACAUUAUUGACACCGAAUGAGUUUUAUAUAGCUGGACAGAAAUGCAGAUCUUCCCAUAGAACGGGGAUCUUUAAGGCUGAAUUGGAUUCGAAGAGACCGUUUUCAGACGUUGGAAAUAAGGAGCAAAACUCUUUCUUUGCCGAAAUGAAGGUCUGUCGAUAUCUCGUGGAAGAUCAGGUAAAUUUACUGUUGGCCGAACGGAAACCUCUGGCAACGUACCAAGUUCAAGACCAUUGGCAAGGAAAUCUCUGCAUAGCCAACAUGUUUGAGAAUAGUAAACAGCAAUUGGACUGGCAUUCGGAUAAACUUACAUCCAUAGGCCCAUUACCUGUUAUAGCAUCCGUCAGUCUAGGAGCCACGAGGAUUUUCCGGGUAAAGAAGGCUUAUGCAAGUAGAGAGUCGAAGAUUAACGAGAACAGCAUUUUCAAUAUUCCAUUACCUCAUAAUUCGCUACUCGUCAUGCUUUCGGGGACGCAAGAGGAAUAUAAGCAUUGUGUUCCAUCGGUGGAAGGAUGCUUAACGAGGAAUUCUGAGUCGACAAUAACGCUGACGGACGCCGAUGAUUUUGUGGACAACGCAAAGCUUGAGAAUGGACCCGGUUUGUUGCAGGUGGCUGUGAAUAAUGAGUACAUUCGAGAGAGUUCACAGGAUCUGAGACGAUUUGUGGAGCAGGCGAUAAGCCAGAUAGUGGCGUCGAUAGGAGAUGACGAAGUGAUAGAGACAAUGAAAGAAGUGAUUGACGAAAAGUACGAGUAUGACGAUGAUGUAGCUAAAGAUGCAGAAGAAGAAGAAGAAGAAGAAUAA